CCUCCCUCCAUCUCCAUCUCGCACUCGCUCUUCCUCGCCUGUCCUGUCCUGCCCUGCCCACGCGCAGCUGAUUGUGCAAGGGCAGACUCGUUAGCCCGCCUCAAUCUACCCAAGUGGAUUAGCUGCCGACUUUGCGCAGCCUGGACAUUGCGGGGAAAAAAAGACCCUGAAUCCAUUCCUCUAUUCUUCUUUCAGCCUCAGCCGGCCUGGCCCUUGACACACUCCACGCGCUGCCUCGAUUGCGACCUUUGCCAUUCACUGCACAGCACCGCACCGCACCGCACUUGUCAGACACUGGCAGCAAUGCCCAUGCCAGACGUGCCCGGCCUGGGCGGCUACUCGCGUUUUGAGCUCGAACUAGAGUUUGUCCAAUGCCUUGCCAAUCCCGUUUAUCUCAACUUCCUGGCCCAGCAGAAAACGCUCGAUAAGCCCGAUUUCGUGGCGUACCUGGCGUACCUGCAGUACUUCAAGGAACCCAAGUACGCCAAAUUCCUACACCAUCCCGGCCCAACGCUCCGUGCGCUCGAACUGCUGCAGCAGGAGCGCUUUCGGCACGACAUUCUCGCUCCUGGGCUCGUUGACAGGCUGGUCAUCCAAGGGCAGCGCAACGCUGUGCCUGCUGCUAACACGCACUGAGCCCGUGUGGGGCCACACUGCCAAGACACACAGUCGAUCAUGGCCGUGUCGCUAGCCCUUCUGGCUCCCUCCAAGUACCCCCGACGCCUCUCUCCGUCUGCCGCCCUAGACCCCAGCACAGCCAAAACCAGCUGAAAUAUCGAUUCUGCUCAUCUCAGUUUGGCCUUACACCUGUGUUUAACUCGCCCGCCCAUGGUUCGCGCCAUGGAUGAAGCCUGCAGUCCAUGGCCGUCGGCUGCUAGCACCUCGUUCUGAGACGCCAGAUCGGCGGCUCGAUCGGUACUCUGCGGCCUCCCCUCCAUAGUCGAUCGCUUUCGUAGCAAAAAUAUACUUAGUGUGUAGUCACAACGGCAAGCCAUCGUAUUCAGGUGCCCUAGAAUAGUGCACGGCGCU